AUGGAGUCAAAGCACACGGGGAUGGGUUCCACGACACCCUACGGCUCAAUCUCAGCACCCCAAGAAGAACACGAUACAUCCACAGCCAUCAAUUCAUCUUCAUCCUCUUCAACUGUCCGAUUCGGCACUCCUGAAGCCCUCGAACACGUUCGAAAACUCACUGAUGUAGGAGCCAUGACUCGUCUCCUCCACGAAUGCAUUGCCUACCAACGAGCCUUGGAUCUUGAACUGGACACCAUUCUCUCCCAACGCUCCGAUCUUGACAAACAACUCUCCAACCUCCACAAAUCCACUGAGCUCCUUGAGAUCGUCAAGGCCGAUUCCGACCACAUGCUCUCCAACGUAUGCUCCACAUGCGAUCUCGCCGAUCAGGUCAGCGGCAAAGUCCGCCAACUUGAUCUCGCUCAGUCCCGCGUCAGUGACACUCUUCUCCGCAUUGACGCCAUCGUAGAGAGAGGUAAUUGCAUUGAUGGCGUUAAGAAAGCUCUCCAAACUGAAGAUUUUGAAUUGGCUGCUAAAUACAUCCAGACCUUCCUCCAGAUCGAUGCCAAAUACAGAGAUUCUGGUUCGGAUCAGAGAGAACUAUUGCUAGCAUCGAAGAAACAGCUGGAAGGAAUUGUCAGGAAGAGGUUAUCGGCUGCUGUGGAUCAGCGGGACCACCCAGCGAUCCUUCGCUUCAUUAGAUUAUACUCUCCUCUCGGUUUGGAGGAAGAAGGAUUGCAAGUGUACAUAAGUUAUUUGAAGAAAGUAAUUUCGAUGAGAUCUAGGCUCGAAUUCGAGCAAUUGGUGGAAUUGAUGGAGCAACAGCAAUCCUCUGCUGCUACUACUAAUCAAAAUCAGGUGAACUUUGUUGCUUGUUUGACGAAUUUGUUCAAAGACAUUGUGUUAGCCAUAGAAGAAAAUAAUGAGAUUUUAAGGAGUAAUCUAUGCGGUGAAGAUGGAAUUGUGUAUGCCAUAUGUGAGCUCCAAGAUGAGUGUGAUUCUCGGGGUUCCUUAAUUUUAAAGAAAUACAUGGAAUAUCGGAAAUUGGCUAAGUUGACAUCCGAAAUUAAUACUUACAAGAGUAACUUACUUUCUGUUGGAGUCCAAGGACCUGACCCAAGGGAGAUCGAAUUGUAUUUGGAAGAGAUUUUGCAAUUGACACAGUUGGCUGGGUGA